AUAUAAUGUUGUUGCGGCAACCCAAAACAGUCCACAACAUAAAACAAAGAGAAACAUUUGUGUUCUGCAAAAGAAAAGAUGAAUGGGGUUUUGGAGACAGAAAAACAAGGGGUGAGUCUUGAAGAUUUGAAGAACAAAAUGGCUGAUUUUGCUAAAGAGAGGGACUGGGAUCAGUUUCAUAGCCCAAGAAAUCUACUCUUGGCCCUGGUAGGAGAAAUGGGAGAGUUGUCUGAGAUAUUCCAGUGGAAAGGGGAGGUUCCAAGAGGACUGCCAGAUUGGAAAGAAGAAGAGAAACAACACUUGGGUGAGGAGCUUUCCGAUGUGCUGCUCUAUCUGGUUAGGCUAUCUGAUAUAUGUGGUGUUGAUCUUGGGAAAGCUGCUCUUAGGAAGCUUGAUCUUAAUGCCAAGAAAUACCCAGUCAUGCUUUGCAAAGGUUCCUCGACAAAGCACAACCAACUCUCUGAAAAGCAGUGAAACAAACACAAUCACCAAAACCCAACAACAGUACUAAUGUUGUUUGCACUUGGUCCUACAUUUUAUUGCUGUCAUGAUGAGAUGUUCAAGUAAAAUUUAUCUUUUAGGGAGUUAGGGUACUUUCUACUUUGUUUUGAGUGUGUGUGGUUUUGAAUAUUCAGACAUCUUUGGCACCAGUUCUUUUCUGUGGGAUUUCCAAGGUGAGCACAUGCUUUGCAUUCCUCAUAUACUGUGGUUUUGACAAUAUUAAUCUCUAUUUCACUCCCAAGUGUUUUUUUAACAAAAUUAUAAAGGUCUAGGUCCGCGAUUGUUGCAGCAAACUAAA